AUGAUCGCCACCGAAUGUGUAUGUGUGUAGUAAGCGUGUUUCCGCUCUCUGUCAAUAAGCAAACACCACGCUGGCAAGAACCACUUUUCAAUCCCUUUCCCGUUAGCUUCCCCUUUGCAGCAGCAAUAGACAGCCCUCAACCAAGCUCAUCUCUUGCUCUAACCAAAAGUGGUGAAGUUGUGUGACUGUAGCGGGUCGUGUGUGGCUGUUCUGAUAAGAUCAACUUCAAACCCAGCUACCAACCGACCAACCAACCAACCAACCAACCAACCAAGUAACUAACUAACUAACUAACUAACAUCCACGUAGACGGAACGACGGUCCUUCGGAAUCAAUGCAGAUGUUAUGCAAGAUCAGUCUAAUGAUAAACAUCGCAAUAACCUUACCAGCCAGCUGAAGGAGCUCAUCCAGCAGCUAGAAGAAUACCAAACACAAGCACGCCACGAGGAUCAACUACUAAGACAACAUGAAACGCAGAUAAAUGAGAUUCUACGGAUGGCCACUCUACUUCAAAGUGGCUCGCCCGGCUCAAAACAGCAGGUCCACAACGUAUACGAAUCAAUGGAUCAAGAUGGUCCUUUAACUCCUAGUAUAGCCUCGAUUACCUUAUUAGCUGUCCAGCUCAACAAAUUAAAGAUUCACGAAAAACGACGCAAGGUGGAUUCAUUAACGCACGCGAGGAACCAAAUGCAGCAAGCUGUGGACGGACUCCGGGGCGAUAUAACCCAAAAGGAGAAAGAGAUUGACUCGAUGAGAUUGAAACUCUUGCAAAAGGAAGCCGCGCUACUCCGCGAUUUCGACGUGGAGACGGAACAUCGAAUAAAACAAAUUCGAGAUUUCGAAAUGAACAAGAUUCGGCAAGUCGAGAUCCAGGCGUUGCGUUUGCAAAGCUCCAACUUUAGAGUCUUGCUCGAAGUGAGUUUCCACAAACAGAAACAGAAAUUGCUAUUUCACCAUCAGCCUAUUUUGGUUAUGGAGGAGUUCUUGGGGUACAACUUGCUGGUGAUCAACCAGUUUAUCGAGCGGAUGAUUGUGUUUCAGAAACAGUUUGCCCAAGUAUGCAAGAUCAAUCUUCCGCAUUUGGACAUGUUGAGUAAAUUUUUACCAAACACACGGUUCUAUGACUUACUCAAGAAGAAGGAGUUGAUGAUUACCGGCGGCAAAGAGGAAGAGGACAACGACGAUGAUGAUGACGAUGCUGGGGAUGAGAAUCGGGGACGGAAUAAGGGGUCUGCCGUUGGCGGAGCAAGAGAUGCGGGCGAUAACAAGUCGUCUCCCGCUGGCAUGGACGAUGAUGACGACAACACUUCGGAAAAGAUUGUCAAGUUGGGCAACGCCUAUAAACUCCCGCUUUCGUCCAAGACUUUGAAUUAUCAAAGACGAGUUGCACGGUCAAACUCGAUUGAGCCCGAUGAGUUGAACCAGAUCCCCACCAUUGUCCGCGAGUACAGCUCUACCCCUUCUUCCUCCCCGUCAAAGCCCACGCUGAGGAAAAUCACUAUUCCGCAUCGAAUCAUCAAUAAGCCGUUCAACAAGUUAUCCAUCAAGGAUUUCCUAGAGUUUUUGGUGAUUAUAGUGAAAGUGGUUAUGAACUUUGAGGUGAUUCUACGAGUCUUUUACAACAACAACAACAACAACAACAACAACUCGGAGGAGAAGCUGAUAAAUCCAGAGGAUAGUUGCAGUUUCGAGAAGCUCUUGACGGAGAUAUCAAGGUUGGACACAAAGUACUUAGUGGACAUAAACAAGAGCUUGAGCAGUCAAUAUGCCAUGCACAGCCAACUUCAUUUCCAGGAGCGACUCGAACAAGCUUACAACUUGAUUAUCAAUUCUGCUUAUGCAAAGCAGCAGCACAACAAGCCUGUCGCGUUGCAGAAUCUCAAUUUCAAAAACUUGUUUUUGAAUCGGACAAAGCUGGACGUUAAGGAUGACUGGGACCUUGUCAGUGAGAUGCUUUAA